CCGGGGGCGCCCUGCGGUCCUCCAGUGCCGGAGCUGGGCAGGCCUGGAGCCGCCCCGCCCACGGCCGAGGUUUCGGUUUCCCGUGGGAGCCCCGCCCAGUGCCCCGGGAGCCCGAGGCGGCGGGGAUGAAUGGCGGGUGCUGCGGCUGGAAACCUGACCCCUGGGGGGUCGGAGCUCGUCGAGGGAUGCCGCUGGCUAUGCCCGGAGCACGGCGACCGCGUGACCGAGCUCUUCUGUCGCAGCUGCCGCCGCUGCGUGUGCGCGCUUUGCCCAGUGCUGGGCGCGCACCGCGGCCACGCGGUGGACCUGGCGUUGGAGGCGGCGGUGCACGUGCAGGUGGGGACAGUGGGGACGCCGCGCGGGAGUUGUGGGAGGCAGCCCAGGCACAACGGCAGAGGAGGGGGCGUGUCUGCCAUCCCGUGGCCAGGGGCGGGUAACAACCUGGAAACCAGACGUGCCCCAGAGGGCGUCGCUCAUGCAGAGUCAAGUAAAACCUGGCUGAAGGGGAUAUUCACUGAACUCAGAUUACUACUUGAUGAAGAGGAAACAGCGGCCAAGAAAUUCAUUGAUAAAAACACACAGCUGGCCCUCCAGGGGUACAGGGAACAAGUUGACUCUUGCAAAGAGCAACUUGACGUCACGAACGAUCUCUCCACCAGGGUCUGGAGUAUCAGCCAGGAGCCUGAUCCUGUCCAGAGGCUUCAGGCAUACACGGCCGCCGAGCACGAGAUGCAGCAGCAGAUGAGCCUCGGGGAGCUGUGUCACCCUGUGCCCCUCUCCUUUGAGCCCAUCAGGAGCUACUAUAAAGGUCUCAUGGAAGCCAUGCAGAGUACACUACAGACGCCACUGGACAUUCGCCUUAAGGAAAACAUGAACUGCCAGCUCUCAGACCCUUCCAGCACCAAGCCAGGUACCUUGCUGAAAACCAGCCCCUCACCAGAGCGAUCUGUCUUCCUAAAAUACGCGCGCACGCCCACGCUGGAUCUGGACACGAUGCACGCGCGCCUGCGCCUGUCUGCAGACCGCCUGACCGUGCGCUGCGGCCUGCUGGGCAGCCUGGGGCCCGUGCCCGCGCUGCGGUUCGACGCGCUCUGGCAGGUGCUGGCUCGCGACGGCUUCGCCGCUGGCCGCCACUACUGGGAGGUGGACGUGCAGGAGGCUGGCGUCGGCUGGUGGGUGGGCGCGGCCUACGCCUCCCUGCGGCGCAGCGGCGCCUCGGCCGCCGCCCGCCUGGGCUGCAACCGCCAGUCCUGGUGCCUCAAGCGCUACGACCUUGAGUACUGGGCCUUCCACGACGGCCAGCGCAGCCGCCUGCGGCCCCGCGAAGACCUCGACCGGCUCGGCGUCUUCCUGGACUACGAGGCCGGCGUCCUUGCCUUCUACGACGUGACGGGUGGCAUGAGCCACCUGCACACCUUCCGCGCUACCUUCCAGGAGCCGCUCUACCCGGCCCUGCGUCUCUGGGAGGGGGCCAUCAGCAUCCCGCGGCUGCCCUAGGGGCCAGGACCAGCGUGACAGCCUCCAGGUCUGUACCUAGAUCAGCGUGGCUGGUCCCCUUACUGCCUACUUCUCAGGGCCCUCUCCCUGCCCCAGCCCUCCCCAACCGGUCACACCCACAGUGCUUUGAAGGGAUCCUCUCCUAGGCUAGUUUGAAACAUGCCCCAAACAAGUCCGCUGCUGCCCUCUCAUCAGACCUCCGCACCCCCACCCCCACCAUCACUUACUCUGCUGUAGUCCACCUCCUUCAAAGUGACAUACCCACAGAUAAGCCCUCAGCAUCCGGAACACAUCAUCCACCACCUGGGAACUUUCUCCCUUGUACAGCACAGGAACCUGGCACAUAGUAGGCACACAGUAAAUAUCUGUGAAUGAAUGAGUCAUCCAGCACCGACUCUUCUGUCCCUUGAGGUCUCUUGGAUCUACCGCUCCUCCUCACCUAUUUCAUCUUGUCCACAUCACACCUUUCUCCAGAACAGCUGUGAGAGCUUCUUAGCAGUUCCUGGUCUGAACCCUCUCCCAGUCCUCAUCUUCACCCUAAAACCAGGGUGCUCUUCCUAAAAUUUCACUUAACUUGUCAGAACUACGAAGAGGCUUUCAGGAGUUUCCAUGGAAAAACAAAAAAAUUCAAGCACCUCACCUUAGCAUUUAAGGCCUGUCUAGUCUGCUCAAAAUUACUUAUCCUCACCUAGCUCCUACCACUGUUCUUAGAGGCUCUCCAGUCAGAAAUGUGUCGCGUAGCUCCACCUCCACACCUCUCUACUGCCAGCAUUCAUGCAGGAAAAGUCUUCACCUGUCUCAGUCUUCGCCAGGCUUAUCUGUGCCAGGAAGUCUCCCCAAACCACCAGAAUCUCACUAUCAGAGCCACCUGGUACCUAUCUUUCCAAGUAGAUUGGAAGCUUUGGAAGAUUAGCUUUGUCCUAUACUCUCUCCACCCUGAAAAGUUCAGAAAGCCCCCUUCCCUCCCAAGCAGUGAAUAACAACCAGCAGGUGCCUAUUACUGAGUCACAGAACAGCUGAGCUGGGAGGGCCUCACAGGUCACCCAGCCAGUUCUCGUUGUAGAUUUGGGGAGUCUGAGGUCCUAAAAGAAAGCAGAACUGCAUAAAGUUACCCCGUGGUGCUGUAGGGAGGCCAGGCCUGCGCGCCAUCCACCCACCCCCAGGCAAGCAACUGACCUGUCCCCUGGCCCAGCCCUUAGGCCCAGCUUUCAACCUGGGAGAUUUUAUUUGUUUCUCAGGAGAUGCCGGAAAGGAAUCAGCAGGUGACCGUUGCUAAGCAACCAAAGGGGGUGGUGUUUCCCAACUGUCUUGGGACAGAAAGGGGAAGAGCGCCUUAAAUCCAGAUGUUGCCAAGGAAACCAGAGCGCCCAGCUGUCUGGAAUGAAGUGACAGAAAUAGAGAACAGUAGGCCCUCACACGGAGGCCUGCUCCUCUAGCAGGGAGGGGGAGGCCUCUUCCCAGGGCCUGUGUCUCCAUUCUGAAGGUUCUGCAUCCUGUUUUGUCAAUUCCCUAGAUGGUUUUCAAGUUAACAUUCUGUUAAAGCAUCUUCGUAGGUGCUUGGUAGGAAGGCAAAGCCAAAUCCUUGUGGUAUAGUUUGAACCAUAUAAAACUGACAAUUUUCAACAGUUUUUGAAUUUAAAAUGGCACUUUGAUAUGGGGCAGUGUAGCAGAAUAAUACCAGACAGACAAAACCUCGCAAAUGCCUUAACUUCUAACCAAAGACUUUAAAACUCUGGUUGAACAAUCUUAAAGCACUAUGCUGCAGGAAUAAUGAGAAAAAGGGAAAUUAAUUCUACUAGGAAUGGCUCACACUGAAUUGUGACAGGCAGAGGACAUUCCUGACAGAGGGAACAUGAAUACACUUGACUCCCACAUCUCUGUCCAUCCCUGAUGACCAAGACCUCUUCCCAGACCCACAGCUGCAGGGGCCAAGUAAUAACAGCUCUUACUAGUUUGUAAGGCACUGUUCUAACGCUUUACAACAAAACUCAUCUGAUCCUUUCAUUAUCCCUAGGGAGUAGAAAGUUAUCCCAAUUCUACACAUGGCAAAAUGGAGACCCAGAGUCACUUGCCCAAGGGUCACACAGCUAGUGGUGGAGCUGGGGUCUGGGUCCAGGCCAUUGAGUUCCAGGUUUGUGCUCAUGGCCACCACAAGGCGCUACUGCUCAGGGUGAGUGCAGCUGGUCUCUGGCCAGUGCCUGGUGCUCUGGCCUCUCUCAUGGAGCUACUGCCCAUGAUGCUUUCCUUUUGCCUGGUUAGUCUGCGAGACUUGAGUCUACCUUUGGAUUACCUUCCUUGGGGUCUGAGAUGAGGCCUUAUGCCCAGAGGGGAACUUAAGUUUGAGAUUCAUGUAGCACAGACAGAGCUAGGCUAUAAAGGUCACAGACUGGCUAUAUCAAGACCCAUGCUAGCCAGAAAGCUGCAGUUUUAGUCCCUAAUCAACUGUGUGACCAGGACUAGUCACGUUUUACUUCUCUGUGCCAUCUAUAAAAUGGGGAUAAUGGCACUGACUACCAGUGUUGUGAGGCUCAAAUGAGCCAAAGGUUAUUGACUUGCCUUAAAAACUAUAGUGCUGUAUCAUUUUUAUCAGCAUUCCCAAGGGAGCUCGCAUUAUACUGACAGUGCCAAGACUACUGGUAUUCUCAGCUGCCAUGUGGCAGGAGCAGGAGCUACUAAAUAUUCUCAGCACAGGAAUGAGGCUUCCUUGGUUUCCAUGUCUUUCAGAGUACUAAUCACUUACCUUAUUCUCUUUGAGACUUGUAGACAUUUCUUUAUUGAUAUGUCAAAUUGCUUGCAGUUAUCUUUAAAUGACAGCAAUUCUCUAAUAUUUGGUUUAAUAAAAUGUGAAUAAUGUCCCUU